AUGGCCCAGCAGAGGGGAAGCACAGCUCAGUGUCGGAGCUACACAGAGCCGCAGAAUCUCACAGGUGUCUCAGAAUUCUUCCUCCUGGGACUCUCAGAGGAUCCAGAACUGCAGCCAGUUCUCACUGGGCUGUUCCUGUCCAUGUACCUGGUCACCAUGCUAGGGAACCUGCUCAUUAUCCUGGCCGUCAGAUCUGACUCCCGCCUCCACACCCCCAUGUACUUCUUCCUCUCCAACUUGUGCCUGGCUGACAUUGGUUUCACCUCCACCACAGUCCCCAAGAUGAUUGUGGACAUCCAGACUCACAGCAGAGUCAUCUCCUAUGUGGGCUGCCUGACUCAGAUGUCUUUCUUUGUCCUUUUUGCGUGUAUGGAUGACAUGCUCCUGAGUGUGAUGGCCUAUGACCGAUUUGUGGCCAUCUGUCACCCCCUGCACUACCUAGUCAUCAUGAAUCCACGACUCUGUGGCUUCUUAGUCUUGUUGUCUUUUUUUAUUAGUCUUUUGGACUCCCAGCUGCACAAUUUGAUUGAAUUACAACUCACCUGUUUCAAGGAUGUGGACGUUUCUAAUUUCUUCUGUGACCCUUCCCAACUCCUCCACCUUAGCUGUUCUGACACCUUCAUCAACGAAAUGAUCAUUUAUUUCAUGGGUGCCAUAUUUGGCUGCCUCCCUAUUUCAGGGGUCCUUUUUUCUUACUAUAAAAUUGUUUCCUCCAUUCUGAGAGUUCCAUCAUUGGGACGGAAGUAUAAAGCCCUCUCCACCUGUGGCUCUCACCUGGCACUUGUUUGCUUAUUUUAUGGAACAGGCCUUGUAGGGUACCUCAGUUCAGUUGUGUCACCAUCCCCCAGGAAGAGUAUGGUGGCCUCAGUGAUGUACAUGGUGGUCACCCCCAUGCUGAACCCCUUCAUCUACUGCCUGAGGAACAGGGACAUUCAAAGUGCCUUGUGCAGGCUGCACAGCAGAAUAGUCAAAUCUCAUCAUUUGUUCUGUGGGAAGUAG